UUAGGAGUUUCGCCAAGAUUUCCGCAAACUGAGUUGUCUUACUUUUGUUCUAUUUUGCAACCAUGCUUCGCCCCGCUCCCGCUUUCUUUUCAUGCGUUAUCGCUUUUUUGCUUUUGCUCCCCCACUGCACUUGCCUCUCGCAAGAUGGCGUAAUUUUGCUUAAAAUCCGGAAAAGAGAUUGGAUGGACUCGCGUAAUGCUUUGAGCGACUGGGACGAGUCUCACCAAAGUCCAUGCGCUUGGCAAGGAAUCUCUUGUGAUAAAUUCAACACCGUUACCAGUGUUGAUCUCACCGGUGGGUUGAUUUCUGGCAACUUGACUUCUGCUAUAUGCACCCUACCCAAUCUUACUGUGUUGACUCUGCAAGCCAAUGCUUUCCGUGGUCCCUUCCCAAAUGCCCUCUUGCAUUGCAGGCGUUUGCGGAAGCUUGAUUUGUCGCAGAACCAAUUCUCUGGAAUGCUGCCCAGUCAUAUUUCCGAAUUGAGUAAGUUGAGAGUCUUGAAUUUAGCUCAUAAUGCUUUUAGUGGCUCCAUUCCUCUAGCCUUCGGAAUGCUGCCAAAGCUGCAAGCUCUCUUCUUCCACGAAAAUAGUUUGAGUGGGCCCUUCCCUAAGUUUGUCGGGAAUUUGAAGUCCCUAACGAACUUCACGAUUAGCAGUAAUCCUCUACGUCUAGGUGUGUUGCCGAGAGAGCUUGCCAAUUUAAAGAAGCUGCAGGAGUUGCUGCUAUAUAACUGUAGUCUUCAAGGCGGAAUCCCGAAUUUCUUGGGCAAUCUAACGCAGCUCAAAUCGUUGGAUAUGUCGCAUAAUAAUCUCCGCGGCGAUAUUCCGACCAGUUUAAUGGCGCUCUCAAAUUUGAGAGAACUGAUUCUCUAUGAGAACAAUUUGGGUGGACAAAUUCCGGCGAACAUUGACCAACUGAGGAACUUACGCUAUUUGGAUCUUUGCCUGAAUCAGGUUCACGGCACAAUUCCCGAAGGAAUUGGUAAUCUCACAUAUCUGAAUGAACUUCAGCUGUGCGGCAAUCGGCUUACCGGAAGGAUUCCUGCUCAGCUCGGCAAGCUACGGUACUUGAGUAUCUUGAUUGUGUUCGACAACAAGCUCAAUGGCUGGUUGCCACAGAGUUUGGGUGAAUUCUCCAAUCUCACUCUCGUUGAACUGACGAGAAACGAAUUGGAAGGCCCUCUGCCGAAGAAUCUGUGCAUGGGAGGAAUGUUAUAUGGCUUGGAUGCCUCUUCGAAUAAUUUCAGCGGUAUUCUCCCUUCGUCCUUUGACUGCAAAUCUUUACAGUAUAUGUACAUCAACAACAACCAGCUGAACGGUGAGAUUCCUCGUGGGCUAUGGGGUGCUUUCAAUCUCAAGGAAAUGCUUCUUAACGACAAUAAGCUUGAAGGCAAAAUUUCAGCUGCAAUUGGCGAAGGGAAGAACCUGAGUCGACUGAAUAUCAGCAACAACCGGUUCGAAGGAAGAAUUCCUGAACAAGUUGGUCAAUUGACAAAUCUUCAAAUACUGGAAGCCAGUAACAACCGUUUGUCAGGCCCCAUUCCCCGUGAGCUCGGGAGCUUAAGUUUGCUCAAUAUUCUCUACCUGGACUUUAAUUUUCUGUCAGGCGAAAUUCCCAGGGAAAUGGUGUCUCUGCAGAAGCUCAAUCAGCUCAAUUUGAGCCACAAUCAACUUACAGGCGAAAUCCCUGCCUUUUUAAGCCAAAUGAACAGUUUUGAUUUGUCAAACAAUUUUCUAUCUGGAGAAGUUCCUCCCGAAUUGGGACGACUGAAACCGAGUGCUUUCAACUUAUCGGACAAUCACUUGUCUGGACGCAUUCCUGACGUUCUCGACAAUCCGGCUUACAAGGAGGGUUUUCUAGGGAACCCGAGGCUAUGCGGAGGUCGGAAUUUGAUGCUACCAUCUUGCUCUUCUCCAGUACAUAAGUUGUCAACUGAGCGUUUGGCUAGCAUUCUGAUACCAACGUUGCUUAUACUAGUAGUGGUCUUGUGUUCCGUUUGUGUGUGGUGUUUGUCUCUCAGGAAGCCAGGUGAGACGCCCUCCUGGAAAAUGACAAUAUUCUAUUCAAUAGAAGUGCACGAGUCAUACAUCCUCCGAAAUUUGAAAGAGAGUAACGUGAUUGGCACUGGAGGUGCUGGAAAAGUUUACAAGGUCAUUCUGCCGAACGGGCAAGCGGUAGCCGUUAAGAAGAUCCGGAGCGUGAGCAUAGCAGUUGGAAAUUUUAAGAGAAAAAGUGACGAGGAAAAUAAAAUGAGGCAAGUGGAGGUGGAAACUUCGGGACUCAUCCGACACGCCAACAUCUUGAAGCUACUCUGUUGCAUUUCAAGUGAAGAGUCCGAUUUCAAGCUUUUGGUAUACGAGUUCAUGCCCAACGGCAGUUUGUUCGACCGUCUGCACGGUGGCUCGGGACGAGGAAUGGCGCUGCAAUGGCCGAUCCGUUAUCAGAUCGCUCUCGGAGCAGCUCGUGGGCUUUGUUAUAUGCAUCAUGAUUGCUCCCCUCCGAUAUUGCACAGGGAUGUGAAAUCAAGCAACAUCUUGCUGGAUGAGGACUUUGGGGCUAAAAUUGCAGACUUUGGCGUAUCCAGGGUGCUUGAUAGGUUGGGCGAUGAAUAUACGGUGUCUGGUUAUGUGGGGUCGCACGGAUAUAUAGCCCCGGAAUAUGCGGUGGCGCCAAAGGUGAACAAGAAAAGUGACGUGUACAGCUUCGGAGUAGUGAUUUUAGAGCUUGUAACUGGGAUGAAAGCCACAGGUCAGGCAGAGUAUGAAGAGGGCGUGGACAUCGUAAAAUGGAUACACAACACAAUUCGGAAUGGCGGGGGAGAGAUGGAGCUGCUGGAUGAGCGCACGUUGGAAGAUAAUUGCCUAGAACAAAUGAUGAGCGUCUUACGUGUGGGCCUUGCUUGCACUGACAGAGUGCCAAACCGACGGCCUUGUUUGAGAAGAGUAGUGGAGAUGUUAGUGGCAUGCGGUGCGGAUAAAAUAGCAUUUCAGCAUCUUCAAAGAAUUCCAAGUACCCUCACCGUGAGUGAGAACGAAGUGGUUUGCUUUUCAGAUUAACGGAGUUAGAAAAUUGUGGUGAAUCUUGAUGUCAAGUCAACAACAGUCUUCGUUUUGUCUGUACAAAGAAAAACUUGGUAGGCUUGCAUAUAUCAAAAAAUAGAAUAUUGCUUAGGUUGGUGCAUAUUCUUAGGAACUAAGGUAUUUAUCAAGAGUAAAAUGAUAUUUAAUGUGUUUGCUGUGAAUAUCCAUUGGAAUUGCUUACAUAUUGCUUUACUUGACAGUCGAACAAACCAGCGUAUAGAAAUUAGAAUCGUUUCAAACCCCUGUCAAAUUACGUUGGUUUCCUUUGGCAGUAUUCUAUUAUAUAGGUUUUAUAACUGUUUGUUUUAAGCAGCCUGAGACCAUACAUAGAAUUCAGGACCUAAAUUUUUAAGAUAAGAUAUGAUUUCAGAUGUGGCCCUGGUUCCUUGGUCCAUGCAGUCUCUUAUCUGAAUAACGAAAACCUGGGUUAUUUUA